GCUGCUUUGAGGAAGGUCUAUGGCUUCAAUCUUCCUGAUCACCCCAUUCUGAUUCCGUGACAAUUCAAGUUGAGGGCCAGGCGCGGACGCCACCGGACCGCGGGGACUGGAGGGACGCUGAGGCGCCGGCUGGCGUCGGGCGGGAGCCUGCGCUCGGGAACGAGAUGGAGGCGGCGAGAGGGGACGCGGGAGCCGGCACCGAGUAGCCGGCGGAACCCCCGGCUCACACCUGCCCCGGCGCCCGGGCGCGCGGCGGGCGGGGUCCCCGGGGCUGCCAUGGAGGUGCCUAACGUCAAGGACUUCCAGUGGAAGCGCCUGGCACCACUGCCCAGCCGCCGGGUCUACUGCUCCCUGCUGGAGACCGGGGGACAGGUCUAUGCCAUCGGGGGAUGUGACGACAACGGCAUCCCCAUGGACUGCUUUGAGGUCUACUCCCCCGAGGCUGACCAAUGGACGGCCCUGCCUCCCCUGCCCACAGCCCGGGCCGGGGUGGCCGUCACUGCCCUGGGGAAGCGGAUCAUGGUGGUCGGGGGUGUGGGCACCAAUCAAUUGCCCCUGAAGGUCGUGGAGAUGUACAACAUCGAUGAGGGCAAGUGGAAGAAGAGGAGCGUGCUACGAGAGGCCGCCAUGGGCAUUUCGGUCACGGCCAAAGAUUACCGAGUAUACGCAGCAGGUGGGAUGGGCCUGGACCUCCGUCCACAUAACCACCUCCAACACUAUGAUAUGCUCAAGGACAUGUGGGUGUCACUGGCACCCAUGCCCACCCCGAGAUAUGCUGCCACCUCCUUCCUCCGAGGCUCCAAGAUCUAUGUGCUGGGGGGACGACAGUCCAAGUACGCGGUCAAUGCUUUCGAGGUCUUUGACAUCGAGACUCGCUCCUGGACCAAGUUCCCCAACAUUCCCUGUAAGCGGGCCUUCUCCAGCUUCGUGACCCUGGACAACCGCCUGUACAGCCUGGGAGGCCUGCGGCAGGGUCGGCUCUACCGGCAGCCCAAGUUCCUGCGGACGAUGGACGUGUUUGACAUGGAACAGGGGGGAUGGCUGAAGAUGGAACGUUCAUUCUUCCUCAAGAAACGGCGGGCAGACUUUGUGGCCGGCUCUCUGGGUGGACGAGUGAUAGUAGCCGGGGGACUUGGGAACCAACCCACUGUCCUGGAGACGGCAGAAGCAUUCCACCCGGGGAAGAACAAAUGGGAGACCCUCCCCGCCAUGCUCACACCCCGCUGCGCCUGCUCCAGCAUCAUCAUCAAGAACUGCCUCCUGGCCGUGGGGGGCGUCAACCAGGGUCUGAGCGACGCGGUGGAAGCCUUGUGUGUCUCGGACUCCUAGCUGUCCCUGGCCUAGCACCUUUGCCCUGGACCAUAUCACUCUACUUCUGACAUGAGGAAUGACAUUGUCGAAACAGUCUGGGCUACUUCCCAGGGUGCCAGCUCCUGUUAGCAGCCAGUGGGGUCUGGCCCUGGGGCUCCAGGUCACCUCUCUCCAUCUCCAAACCCUGUGCAUCCCAGAAAACUGUAAGAAGUGCACAUGGCUCCACCAGCCCCAGGUUGUGGCUGAGCUGACCCCUGGGGAGAGUCCCCACUUACUGCAUAGGCACAGGAAGGCACAGGAAUCUCUCCUGCCUCUCCCCUGUGAGUUCCACCCCACCCCACCCCCAUCUCCAAGAGGCAGGUAGUGCAGUUCUGGCCCAGAGGGUAAGGUGUUUUGCUGUCCUUUCCCCAGCUCUGAACUUGUUUGAGGGUCUCUUUGGAUGAAAAAUGGGGAAGGAUUGGUGGGGGAUCCCACACCCCUUUCCUCUCCCUUGGUCUACAUCCCUUCCCCAUUUGGUAGUCAACUAUGGGCCCACCCUGGACCUCAUGUACUCAGCAAGAAUUGGACUUGAAGCUAGAGGCAGCUGCGUUGGAAGGGAAGUUGGGCUCACGUGGGUAGACAGGACAGCAGCCUUGGCAGGAAGAAACCCCUUCCUCUUGGGGUCCUUGCUGGACGUGUGACAAUGGGGAGCGAGCAGACUCCCAGCCCUGGGUCUUCUCCCCAUAUCUCUCUUCAUUCCAUUCCGCCUUCUGUCACGCCCUACCCACCAGAGCCCUGGCCCUUUUAUCACGGAAGGUCCCCAGAGUGUUUCUGCGUGAAACCUUCUCAUUUACACUGUGGCAUCAAAAUCCACAAAAGAUGGAUUCAUUGCACUCUGGUCAAUAGCAGCAGCACAAUGAUUAAAAUCUAUAUUCCUA